AUGACUUCAUAUUCGAAAUUUACGGAGAAUUCUCUGUCCGAUUACGUAGCUGUUUACAUUAUUGAUUUUGAAAAUCCACGCCGCUUCCGAGCGCUUCGAGUAAGAAACGCACCUAAACAAGGACGAAAUAGAGUCCACGCGAACGCGAAAUGUGGGUCAGAAUUGUCAGUGGUGGUACGUUUUAGUCCUGCUGUACGCUUCUGCUUUCGCUGCUGCGGGAAAUACGCUAGUGUAGUGCAACGAGUGACGCUGAAAGCAAGCAGCAGGAGCCGAUCGGAAAAUCCUGCUGAAACCUGUGCCGUUCCUGCGUUUCAAGAUGACUUCUCCGGCGAUCAACGGCCAGAAGGAGAACUCCAAGACCGACUCCAACGUGACCCUCGCCCAGCAGCCCCCCCAGCAGCCCUCCGAGCCCACGAACUCGACGUCCAUUUUCGUGGCAUGGUGGCGGGUCUUCAAGCUCGCUAAUCUCCUGAUAAAGCAGAGCUGUUAGGCGAAUUUAGUGCACGUGAUAUCACGAGACAGACAAGGGCCGUAUGCACGAAAAUGCCGCAAUGUACCGUCGAAUAAAAAAGAAACGUCCGUUUAAAUACGUACAAAUGAAAUUAAAAAAAAAUAUAAUGAAAAUUUUCGUACAAAUGGCCGUGCGUUAGUAGGAUUAAUAAGUAGACUAAUUCCUGUAUUAACUUAGUGGUGAUUACUUUUCAAUUACUCGUAGGGUGAUAAGUGAUGAUAAUGGAGAGAGUCGGUCGUCGAUGGCGCCAUGUUGAUGACGUUCUUCCAGAUUAUUAUUGUUUUAACUUAUUAACUACCGAUUUUGCUUCGCAAUUGUCGAACACCGUUUGGAUGUUGUUAUUUGGGGGCGGCAGUCCCUCGGGACGCCGCCACAACAAUGUAAAACCGUUAUGUAUUUUUCACAUGUGUUGCGUUAUCAGGCAGAUGCGUUACAUAAUUAUAACCAUAACCCGUAUGUGAUAUAAUACAAUUAUCAUAACUUUAUAUCGUAUUUUUGGUAACAGAAUGAGUGGUUUCACGUUUAUUUCGAGUUAAUAAAUGUUAUUCACUGUU